GCAGCGUUAGGGUGUUAAGGUUAGGGUUUUUACGUGUCAGCAGAACAUCGCCUUAGUUAAUUUACUGCAUUAGCUGCGGUAUCAAUUUCACAAUAGUUGGAGAAGCAGAUUCACGUAAAUAUGGUGAACGUUCCCAAGCAAAGAAAAACAUUUUGCAAAAAAUGCAAAGUUCACAAAUUACAUAAAGUAACGCAGUAUAAAAAAUCAAAAGAGCGUCAUGCAUCUCAAGGUAGAAGACGUUAUGACAGAAAACAACAAGGUUUUGGUGGUCAAACAAAGCCUAUAUUCAGAAAGAAGGCUAAAACUACUAAGAAAAUUGUAUUGAGAAUGGAGUGUACAGAAUGCAAGUAUCGAAAACAAAUACCUCUUAAAAGAUGUAAGCAUUUUGAACUAGGUGGUGACAAGAAGCGAAAAGGACAAAUGAUUCAAUUUUAAGUUAUUGUAAAAUGUACAAUUAAUAUAAAUGAAAGGUUAUAAAUCUUUUUUCAAA